GGUUGCUGCCAUUACGAGACAUUUUUGUUUUGAGUUUUGUCCAUAUUGGUUUAAACCAGUAAUCAGCAAUUCUUCAGGUCGCUUAAAAAUGUGGAAGAUCGAAAUGUUAAGAAGGUUGCUAAAUGAGCGACUGAGUGCAGCCGUUGAAGAAAUUCUUGUCGUGUAUCAGAGAACGAUAGAGGAGUACGAGGAGGAACUUAAUCGAACGAAAGAGCAACAACGUCUAUUUCUAGAAGGGCUUUUCAAGAAUCCGUCAGCUGAUCUGCAAAAAUCAGACAUCAGCGAAGUUGAUCUUCAACCUGAGCAGCAUAACUGGAGUUACAUGAUGGAAGAACCUCUCAAGCAAAUGAAGGCGGAAGAACCCUCGUGCAAUAAUUUGGAUGAAGAGAAAAGUAUUUCAACGUUGUCGCUGACAAAUGUGAAGAAUGAAGUUGAAUGCCAAAGCGACAGUCUUAUCGUUACACCACAAGCAGCAGGAAAUGACAAUGAAGAUGUUUCCUCAAAGGCCCCCCGCAUCAAGGAGGAGGAGGACGAACACGACAUCGGAAUAGACUUCCCGGUGAUCCACGUCGUCAUUAAGGGUGAAGACGACAAGGAUAGGCCUCAAUCUUCGCAGUGUCACAGUGGCGAAACGGCGCUAAUAAGUAGCGACUACGUAACGGCACACUCUCUCAGCACGGACGACGCCGAAUACCUGAACACCGACGGAACGUGUCAUGCAGACAAGAAAAACUUGACGUGUUCCAUUUGUGGGCGAACACUUUACGACAAGAAAACCUUGAAAGUCCACAUGAGGACGCACACAGGGGAGCGACCUUUCAUCUGCACUGUUUGCGGAAAAGCCUUCGCCCAGAGGGGGAACUUGAUCAAACACACCCGAACGCACACCGGAGAGAAACCCUUCACAUGUCCCGUUUGCAGCACCAGUUUUAGCGAUAGUUCCACGUUAGUUAAGCACAUCAGAAGACACACAGGUGAAAAACCUUUCUGCUGUCCGCUGUGCGGCGAGCGAUUCUCACGCAAGUCCAAUUUGACCACGCACACCAGAACGCACACUGGAGAGAAACCGUUCGCGUGUUCCGUGUGCGGCACCACAUUCAGCGACCGCUCCACACUGAAUAAACACAUGCGAACGCACACGGGUGAGAAACCAUUCAGCUGCUCGGUGUGUGGGCAAAGGUUCACCCAAAAGGGACACAUGACAACACACACCAGAAGACACACCGGAGAAAAACCUUUCGAAUGCUCCGUUUGUCAUACCAGUUUCAGUGACCGAUCGACUUUUGUCCGGCAUGUAAGACGACACUCCAGACAGCCGCAUUUGCCUGCCAGUGAGGAGAUGAAAUGAAAAGACUAUAAAUGGCAAAUAGUUGCCAAUGAGUUAAAACACUAGAAUACACGAUGUUAGUGUUAGAUUUAGUAUACAUUGUAAAUAAGUGGUCUCCAACCCUGUCCUCAAAGGCCCACUGUGGGUGCAGGAUUUCAUUCGCACCUAGCAAGAUGACUACACCUUUUCACCAAUCUGGUGUUUUACAAGUACAAUCAGGCGAUUAGGGCUGCCCCAAACGACUAAUUUCCUCCCGAUUAGUCAGCCGACUAUUUUUACGAUUAGUCGACUAAUCUAAUUUUUUUUUUUUUUUUUUUUUUUUUUACUACUUUAAUAAUGAAUUUUUUGUUCAAGCUUAUUUACAAAAAACAUUUUGGAACACCUAAAUUAUUUAUUAACGUAUAAAUAAAUAACGUAAAUACCAAUAAUAAUCACAAACAAUGAGGUCAAAUGCUGCUGGCAUUAACUUGUGCAAAAAAAUGUAAACGGAAACACUGUGACUUCACUUCUUUAACAGGAGUCAAAACAAUUCUUACUCUUUUUGUGGUAUGUCAUUGUCUAUAUAUUUCUAAAUGUUAAAAUGAAUUGCAAUGUCCCGGACAACCAUUUUCAGAAUACUUUGUGUGAGUUCAGAUGCUUUUUCUGGUGUGCAUGCCGUAUUUUGGGGGGUUGCGGAAAACUGUUCAACUUUUGUUUGUUUUAACCUGAAAAAAGAUAAAGUAGAGGGCACACUGAAAUAUUACCACAAUUAUUUUGAAUGAAAGGCACGCAUACCCACAGUAACAAAAAUUAAAUAUAUAGUAUUAAUUUUGUAGUAUACUACUAUAUGUAAAACUUUAUAAUAUUAAAUAACUAACAUUAGUGCAGUCAUGGAUUACAGUAAGCAGGCCAGUGGUGUUUCCAUAUAUAUUUUUAUUAUAUUAUCAUAGUAUGUAUAUAUAUAUAUAUAUAUAUAUUUUUUUUUUUUUUUUUCCCCCAAGUGGGAGCUUCCAUGAUCCUAAUAAAUUUGAUAAUAAUUUUAAAAAAUUCAUAAUUAUUUUAUUAAAUAAAAAUGCAGGUUGAUACAACGCACAUAAAGGCAACUUCCAUUUUAAAAAAUCGUUAGAAAGUUGUAUGGACUUACAAUCCGCUAGCUUGUUGUUUCUUGUUGCCUUUGAAAAUUACACUUGUGUGAUGGCGCUUCAAGUGUUCGUUCAUAGCCGACGUGCUACCGUGGUAUGCGAGUUCAGCUUAGCAAAGAGUACACAAAGUGGCACCCUCCAUAUUUUCCUUGAAAUUAUUCCAGGCUCUGGCAAUUCUGGUCCGCUUUUUUGGCUUUAUGCCGCUUUCACGUGUUACCAACUCUGCCCUUUUUGGAAAUUGGCGGUGUUUUCAACUCCUCACUGGCGAUCCACUUGGCUCGUUGUCGUCGGUUCGUCUGGGUUCGUCCGAUUUCCUCCUCAGGAAGGCGGCGGCUUGCAUAAAAACGCCGAGAGGUGUCGGAUGGCUCUUUAUGGAUACUUUUAUUGACCAAAACAAAAACAUGGGGCAUGAAGCCACUCAACUCGGCGCUACCCGCGCACUUUUCCAACUCACCGAUCUCGCUCCCUCUCUCUCGCUCGCCCGCCCACUUUCUUACUCUUUGCUCAAUCUGACAACGCCAGUCACAUUGAAAUAACAGCGGCCCCCUUGGGGGUGCCAGUAACAACCGCUUGUAUCGCGAGCGCCCGCCAUUCUAAACUUCAUCCGCAUGUAAUUUUUUUUAACCCGUCAUUACCCAUCGAUAGUAUGUUUUGCCCGUCGACGCAUUUACGUCUUCGAUGACGUCGACAACGUCGACUAGUCGGGACAGCUCUACAGGCGAUUGCAGUCAGGCACUGCUUGUUUUAGCAGAAACGUCAUUGGUUCAUCUAUCUGUGCUGGAUCGGCAGGAACAAAAACCACGACCCACAGCGGGCCUUUGAAAGCGGGUUGGAGACCACUGUUGUAAAUGACAACAUUACAGAAACCACAAAAGUUGAAUCAUGGGUUAAGUAGGCUGCAAUAGAGGUGCAACAAUUAAUUAUGUUGUAAAAAAUGUUUUCCAUUGUAAAUUAAGGCUGACACGCAUAAUUGACUAAUUGACAAUAAAUAACAACUAGUUUGAUGAUAGAUCAAUGGAUUAGAGAUAUUGUUGAGCCAAAAGUUUUCCAAAUACCUUUUUUAAACUUGACAGUAAAUCUUUGUUACUUUUUUUUUAUUGAGAAAACAAGUAUUUUAAUUUGGGACUUUUUUUUUUUUAUGUUAAAAAACAAAAUAUUAAAAAUAGAAGUCAUCACUUCCUUUAUUUUGAAUUCCCCCCAAAACACUGACUGAUUAAUUUAUUUCAAAGGUAUUUGCUAACAUCUGCUUUUGCUUUGGAAAAAGUGAUAUAGUUCCACAGUAUGCAGAGUCCAACUUUUUUUCAGUGCAUAGUUUUGGGAUCCAAUGUAAUCUACAACUAAAAUGUAAAAACCUAACCUAGCAGUAAAUCUUGAUUUGUAUAUGAGCUGAUGAGUCGACUCAUUGCAAAAAUAAUUGAUGAUCAAAGUAAUCAUUCGUGGCAGCCCUAUCUUAAAUACAGUGCCCUUCAUAAUUAUUGGCACCCCUGGUUAAGAUGUGUUUUUUAGUUAUUUUUUUUAAUUCAAAUAAUAUG